CGGUUUAGCGCGCAGCACUUUGUGUGCGGCUCAAACUGCUCUGUUAAAUGGAUUAGUAAACUUGGAGUCCACUAAACGAUGCUCUCUACCUGCCCAGCCUCUGCUUUUGGCCAAGUAAUCACGUAUCAUCCAUAUUUUCUCACCUGAGGAAUGAAGAACAAACAGCUUAGGUCUGCCAAAGCUGGAAGCAGUAAAAGAAAAGUCCCGAGUGAUGUGUCCCCCUCCACCAGCCUGCCUCCUCUGGUUGAGGGCCCGCUGAGAUGCUUCCUACGGGUGACAGUAAGCAGAGUGCUAUGGACCGUCCACAAGCCCCCACCUGCAACAUUUCUCAGGUUGCGCUGGUGGGGAGAAUCAUCCGAUGGGACGCAUUUUUAUCCACGAGAUGGGUCCCAAAUGUCACAGAAGACUGUCAAGACCACAGCUCGCUUCCCCAUCCGCUGUGGUCCAAAGCAGUUCACCUCGUACCUGACAGAUAUGGGCUGUUUGGUGCUGGAAGUUCUGACAAAGCUGGAUCAUUUGCCGAUUGCACGUGCUCAAGUUGCUGGGAUCUCUUGUCUCUCUCUGUCACACGCCAUUAGUGGAUUUUACACCCUUGUGUCUCCAACAUCUGAAAAAAUGGGAGAGUUACAGGUUUCCCUCACUUUGGAGCCCUUGACUGAAGCCUAUGACAGCAGCAGCUCAGUUCACACCACAGACAUCAGUAUUGAAGUGCCACCAGUCACCACACUAAUGGUGCCCUCACAGCCCAGACGUCUCUCUGUCGGCAGUGGGAGCAGCAGUGGAAACACACCAAGAGGGAAAGACCAUUUAUAUUUCCAAAGUGCCCAGGUAGACAAAGGUAAAGAAGAAUCUUUGGAGAAACAUUUGAAUCCCUCCAGAAAGGAGGCUAGUGAUGGCCAUACAACCAAUGAUGUCCUCUCAGUUAUUCUAGAACGUGGUAGCAAGCUUCGAAACGCCAUGGUGGUAUCAGCUUUGAAAUGUGACCUGGAUUCUGCACCAGCUCUGAAAGACACACCCCUACCUCUCCCGAAGGAUAACAUCCUACAAUCCUCAAAAUCGUCAUCUCCUCCCUGUGGGUUGUUGCUACAAAAUAUUCUGCAUGCUGACUCCAGCCUGCAGCCGUCUCAUCAUGUGGACCGCCUCAGUCCAGACUGUCCUGCUGACAUGGAGAACAGAGCUGUGGAGCUGCUCCUUGGCAGCUUAAACACAUCUGCUCUUCCUCUCUGGGAUGGGGAAGGAUCUCCUCCUGAAUCUCUCUCUGGACACAGCAGUGUGUGUGGCGAUAGUGAGCUUAAUGAUCCACAAUAUGAUCACAGCUUACUGGAGAAUUUGUUUUACAAAACACCUAUGUCAGAUAUCAGACGAGAUGACGUUGAGGUGAAUGCUGGGAAGGCUGUAUCCUGUGGCACGAGUCAACAGAAGAAGAGCUCCCAAGGUGGGGCUGAGAAACACUUGGGACAUUCGGGACCAAAGAACAUUGGAGACCCCAAGUCACAACAUCAGCAGACUCCAGAUGACAAUGAUACUCUCUCGAGGCUGAGUACAGAGCAGCUGGCUGUGCUGGCUGGCAUCCGGCUUGCAAGAGUGACCAUCCACUCUUUGACUGUACCAGCAGGCAGCACCUCACCCAGAAAAACAUCUAGCAAAGGGAAACCUCCUCGACCACAAAUCAGCAAUAAAUGCUCCUAUUUUGUGGAGUAUGUGUUCCCUGUGGCCGGUCCCAGCCGACAUGAGCGUAAUCAGGCUGUUGCAGGCAAGGUGACCAGAGCUGUCUCCAGUAAAGUCACAGGAGGAGUGGUGAAGUUCCAGCAGCACAGUGCGUUUCCUGUCCACUUCAGUGGAGCAACAGUUAAACACUGGUGGCAAACUGACCUCAUUUUUAAGAUUUACUCCCGGAAGAGCAACCAGAAGAAGCCUGUUCUUGUCGGUAAGGCGGUUCACCCACUGCGCUGUCUGCUGCAGAGAGAGCAGCUGAGUCAGUGUGUUGUCUUACCUGUACAGAGUGUGGAAGGGAACAGUGAAACCCAGGAUGUUGGCCCUCUCAAGGUAUCCCUGGAACUUGUUGCAGACAGCCAAGAUUUCUCAUCUGCCAAAGGCAGAUUGGCAGGACAUGCUACUUCGCCUUCACAUAUUACCCUCAGUCCCCAAAGAGAGCCCAGCUGCACACCUCAGCAUGUUGGCACAGGCAGGGAGGAGUUACCAGCUGAGUCUGGAGGAGACUCCAGGCUGGAUGUGUAUAGCAUCCAGAGGACCUCAAGAAGAGCCUCUCCUCAUCACAGCCCCCAUGCAUUUCCCCCAAAAUCAUGGCGGCAGCAGGAAGAGGAGGACUCUGGGGUCCUGCUGCAUGCCUUGCUCAUGGUGCCAGAUGGAAAGAGUUUUAACUGUGGGCCCAUGCAGGCUCCGAACGUCUACUUGAACUGUAAGCUCUUUUGGACUGAUGAGACUGCAAGAUCUGUGAUAAGCUGGGGUCAGGCAAACCCUUCUUUCAGCUUUGUUCAGGUAACUCCGGUGGCCUUAACAACUAAACUGCUCGAGAGGAUGAAGAAUAAUGUGAUGGUGAUCGAGGUGUGGCAGAGGACAGGAAGCUCAGGGCAGGAUCGACUCCUCGGCCUUGUUAAAUUACCCCUCCACCAGUUCUACAUGUCAUUUAGAGACCCAAAGAUCACCCACCUUCUUCUCCAGGCACAGUACCCUGUUUUAGGGGUGGACUGCUACAUGCCAGUUAUCGAUGUGUUCUCAGGUAGCUGCAAGGGAAACCUCAGGGUUGUUUUGGCCAUGGGCCAAGCAGAGCAAAUACUUGCCCUCCAGCGGACAAGGGAUGAGGAGUAUGGGUCUGUGUCUCAUCUUGUGAGACCGGUCCAUCUGCUGGAUCAACAGCCACAGUCACAAACAAAGGCAAGCACAACACAAGAGGAGCCUAUGAGAGAGCAUCUGUUUGUGAUUAGAGUGGAGAAGGUCAAGGGGUUGAUGCCACUGCAAUCUACUGUUUGGGGAGAGGCUGACUGCUACAUCCAGUACACCUUUCCCUGUCAGGAAGACAACACUGCUGAAAACCUGGACCCAAACCUUGUAGAGAGUAGUGUGAACCUGAAGCAGUUUCGCACCGCCACUGCUCUAUGUGUCCCUGACCCCAUUUUUGGCCAUAGUGAGACCCAUGUGCUUUUGGCUCCAGAAGGAGUCCCUGUCCAGAGGCUGCUCCUCAGCUCUCUAUCAAGUCAAGGCCUGGCCAGUGGAGGAGGUGUCCAGUUUGAAGUAUGGUGCAGAUACUAUUAUCCAAAUGUCCGAGAUCAGCUUGUGGCCAAAGGGAUUCUUCCACUGUCCAAGCUGUGUGCCAUGGUGACCAUGCAGAGACAGCAGCCUAAUGACUUUCAGCUCUUCUCCCUGCCCCUGGUGCCGAGGACAGACAGUCCCACAGGACACCAGCCCCAGCCUUCAGGCUUGCUAGACGUGUGCAUUCAGUACAAGCAUCGGCCUCUGAGACCAGAGGGGCAGAUCGGCAGGGGGCUUGCUGCUCGUGUUGUGACUCUGGUGGUUCAGCUGCACAGAGCGUCUGGUCUGCAAGCAGCAGCGAGGCUGUUGUCAGAGCAAGACGAGCGGUUCCAGUACUACGCCGAUGUCGGGGUGAACGUGUACGUCACAGUCCAGCUCUCCUUUCUGCCUGAGACUGAGAGGAGGUGCACGCGAGUAGCCGCCCAGACCUUCUGUCCAGAGUUCGACCACUACAUGGAGAUUCCCUGUGACCUGCAGGUUCAGAGGAGCAGCGGAGAGACCUGCAGCCUGGCUGAGCUGCUGGAGGAGGCCUCGGCUGUCUUCACUGUCUGGAACAGAGAAAGUCGGAAAGUGAGGGACUCUUCUAAAUCUAAGGACACGAUGUUGGGCACAGUGAAGAUACCAUUAGCUAAUCUCAUUCGUAAAAAAACAGGUAUUUCUGGCUGGUUUGGAGUGUCUGUACCUCAGGACCUGGGUUCAUCUCAUGAUCAUCACAUCAUAGUUGGCGGCCUUGAAAUCUCUAUCAACUUUGCCCACCAUGCAGACAAGGACAGGGUCAUUAAAGCUGCCCAGGGCCUGGGCUGGGAAAUGGAUCAGAGAGACUAUGAAAGGCGGGAUGAUGAAGAGGUCUGGGAAGAGAGCAUGAGGACAGUGUCCCUGACUUUUUCCAUGCCUCGAGCGUGGUUACCCGUCCACUGCCUGCUCCUGCCUGGCCACAGUGAGCUUCAGCGUUCCACCUACUGCUACUUCAGAUACAAGUUCUAUGACCAAGAAGCCUUCUGCUCCCAUUUGAAACAUCCUUCAAUAGAGGAGGCUGGGGAGGAAGGCCAGGCGACAGUGGCUUUCCCAGGCCCUCGGACUGUGAAGCUCAGAAGCAGCCAGCCCCUGAUGUGGUAUCUUCGAGAAGAGAGGCUGGAGGUUCAAGUGUGGGUUGCGUUUAGGAAAGACAAGACAAGGAGGCCUCAUGACACGGACCGACUGGUGGGAUCAGCGUUUAUUGAUGUGUCGUCUCUUGCGAAGACGCCCAAGCACAAGCUGACUCUCAGUGGAGUGUACCCGCUGUUCAGACGCACAGCAGCAGAUCUGCGUGGCGCUGCCCUCAGGGUGCACAUCACCCUGACCGCAGGGGGGGAGGUCUCUGCAGGAGUUGACCGUCAUGUGGACACUGACAUAGAGGGAGAGCUCUUAUCAGAAGAGGAGGAGGCAGCAGAUCAAGGCUCCUUACCCACCACUCCAUCUAAGCAACCAGGCACACAAAGCAAGCAACAGAACAAAUUUUCCUUGAGUUCAGACCAUCAAACUGUGCAGCACACAGCAUUCAGCGUGGAGGAGUCCUUCCCUGUGACCAUCACAGUGGACAGGGCCAUGCACCUCAGCUUGAAAGGCUGUCCUCUAGCUGACCGCAGUGGGGUGAUGCCGAGCUGCUGUGUUUCCUACGUCACUGCUGACUCUGCUGAGCCAGUUUCCACUGCUGUCAUAGCCAACACUGACUGCCCUGUGUGGGACCACCACCAGGAGUGCAGGCUUCCAAAGCAGCUACUGGUAGAUCCACAACAAUCCCUCGUGUUCAAAGUCUGGCACAAAGGAGACAUGGAGAGGGUGAUUGGAUUUGCCUCUGUAGAUCUGUCUCCCUUGCUCUCCGGGUUCCAGUCGGUGUGCGGUUGGUACAACAUCACAGACUUCAGUAGCCAGUGUCAGGGUCAGCUCAAAGUGUCCAUCUCUCCCCUGAAGGGCGUUCAGGAGCUGCGGGGGCAGAGAAAAAGUGUGAAUGAAGAAUCCUCCAAAAACUCAUCGGCUUUAUUUCAAGCCUUCCCUGUCAGCUACCAUACCGCAGCCACAUACAGCAGCUUCCCUUCACACAUCAGCCGCUACCCUGAGCAGAAGAUCUCAUCACCUGAACACAUGGACAGACUGUUUUCCGAAAGGGUCAGUGAGAGUGACCGUCAUUGUGAGCACAUGGACAAUGUACGCCUGUACCACCAGAGUCUCCAGGAGCAGGCCACAGCUCAUCCUGCGUGUAGCAGCAGUGCUGGUGACAUCAAUCCGUCCAGCUCAGUCCUGCUGUCAGCUCUCAGGAAAAAUUUAAACGAGCUUGACAACAUACAGAAAUACUUCAGCCGUAAGCUUUCAACUCCCACGUUCCCGUCUGUGAGUGAGCAGGUCUGUCAGGCCAAGCCGGAGGAGCGCAGGGACUCAGAGACACACACAUCUCAACUUCUUCUCAAGUCAAGCCAAUUGGUUGGAGAAGUCAACAGUCUUAUCAGCGGCCUACAGGGACAGCGCCUGCAGACAACAGCCUCUAACCCCCCAAGCAGCUUUGGAGUUGGAGAUGACAAUCACCGACCUGUGACCCCUGAGGCCCUCACUGAGCGAAUCCCCAGUCCACACAGACCCUCAGAUUCUCCCCAACAAAACAUGUCUCCUCUGUCGUCACCACUGCCAAACAUGUCUGAGGGCCAUACAGACUCAGAGACUGAGGAAGCGGAGGAGCGCCGCUGCCUCCACAGAACUGCCGAGUCCGAGGAUGAAGACGGAGAUUUUAGGAAGGAUGAGGAAGUUGAUGAUGCUGACAGUGAUGAAGAUUUCGAGGAGGUUGUGGUGAAGCCUAGGCAUCUAAAUGAGGUGACCUCUUUAACAGACAAAACCAGCCCCUGGACCAGCAUCCUGUCAGAGCCUGACCUGGGUUCUCUGGAGAGCCCCGAGCUACCCGGGGAGCUGACCGGCCGUUCCCCCGACCUGACCCACGAGGAAGAGGCGAUGACACAGCUAAAUUCACAGACUGCUAAUCUGCAAGGUCAGGGCCACAGAGGAGAAGAGAGUUGUAACAGACUGGAGGAAAGUGAAUAUAUUGACUCUGAUAAGUCUAAUGAAUCAGCAGAUGAUUCAGACAAAGAGAGAGAUGGUGAGAGGACACUGCAAGCUUUAGAGGAGGACCAAACGAAACAGCCCACAACCGCCACCAAGGAGUCCGGUGAUAGCACUGCUCAUUCUGAAAACAAGUCUCCAACUUUAUCAGCCAACGCACAGAAUACCACGGGCGCAUUUGACACUUCGGGUUCCCCACACAGUCAAGACACACAGCCUCAACCCUCGGUUCCUGUGGAGGUCCCUAAUUUCUUCCUGCCUUCUCACCAACUGGAGGCGUCUAUGAGAGCCUUGCGUUUAGCCCCUGUGUUCUCCCAGCCCUCCAGUGACCCAGGACCUGUGACACACAGCAUUCCUCAUCGGAGAGCUCCUCGACAAAGGCCCAACAUAACAACUCCAUCCAAGAAGAAAGAGACUGCAAGAAUAGCAAAGAUAUUUGCGGCUCACUUCAACGAGGACCAUUAGCUCUUUGUUGGAUGUGUGAUGACUGAUGGACUGAGCAUUUCUCAUCACGUAUAAGGUUGUGUUUACUUAGCGGCUUCAGAUCAUGAAAAGAUCGUGUAAAUGAGGUGUAACAUUUUGUACUUUUAUAAAUAAAUAUUUGCUCUGUAUUUAAGGUAAC